AGGCACCAGGUUUGGGCCUAGGCGCGUCUAGUUCUCGCCUGCUCCGCGACCUCGUCGAAAAUAAGUCCCGAAUUUUCAUUCCGGGAAUCUUUAUUCGUCGCGCUUUUGGCAAACGUUAUUUUUAGACCCGAAAGACAGAAAGUUCGAUUCUCGAGUUCAUAUGUCGCACCGCGUACCCUGGGGUACCACCAUGUUCCUCCUGACCGGAGGCGCCGGUCAAGCUUGCCGCGACACUGAACGGCGGCAGCGCGAAUCGGAUGAAACGGAGAAACGGGAUUCCGUCGAGAGGAGCUGAUCGGAGCGGCUGGCGGCGCAUGUUAUCACUCUCCUCCUCGUCGUCCAAGAAAUGUCGUCGCGCAACGCGACGGCAUUAUCCGAGUGAAGUGAGCGGAAAGCGUGAAGUUGGCCGACGUCGAACGCGUGAAGUUGGCCGAUGUCGACCUCGACGCCAACAACGUCCGACCCCGUCAGUCGCCCGCGAGCCACGCGCGGCGAAGGUGAUGCUCGCGCGAUAGUCGGCGACGCGUCGUCACGGGUGACCGUCUGCGCGGUCUGCGACCGAACUGACAAGCUGCUCAGGUGUUCGCGCUGCAAGGCCGUCUUCUACUGCACCAAGGAGCAUCAGAGGCGCGACUGGAAGCGCCACCGGGAGUUCUGCGCGACUCAUCCCGCGCGCGAGGACCCGACCGAGUCGGCCCAUCCCUCGUCCCCCGGGUCCAGGAACCCGCGCGACACCCCGUCCAGGCAGCGGCCCGUCAGGUCGUCGACGCCGAACGUUCCGGUUCCUAACCUGAGCAAGUCCCCAGCCCCGGAUGCGCCGAACGUUACCUCGGAGUCGGCGUCUAGGAACGCGAAGCCUGUCCUAGAUUCCGUCACUCAGGGGGAGAACGGAUCGAGUCGUCAGCAAGAAAGGAAGGAGAAUCAGAAUCUGAAGAAGAAGUCGAACGGUGGAAGGACGAGAAAGGCGCGUAACAACAAGGCUGACGGUUGGACGUCGCCUAUAACGUACGAGGGAAGCUCGGAGGACACUAUCCUGGGAGCACGGGCCGAGCUCCUGAACCCUGCUCUAGAGAGCUCGAGGUUUCUCGAGGGCCUGAGCAACGCGGACCUGGGUCUGCCAGUCCAACAUCACAACGGCAUGAAGAACUUCCCUGAGGUGCGACUGGGCCAGGAGGAGGAGCUCUUGCCCCCUUUUCUACAUAGGAAUAGAAAUAAUCUCGAGGAGUUUAUAGACAAAAUUUGCCAAUAUGUGAUAAGGGACAUGGACAAGUACGGUGUGUGCGUGGUGGACAAGUUUCUAGGCAUGGAGAAGGGUCUCGCAGUGCUAAACGAGGUUUUAUACAUGUACAGUGCCGGAUUGUUCGAGGACGGACAGUUGGUCUCCAAUAAGGGUAGCACAAACGACUUAAAGACGAUACGUGGUGAUCAAAUAAUAUGGUUGGAUGGCAAGGAACAUCAGUGUCAGAAUAUUGGCAUGCUGAUCUCGCGGGUCGAUGCGAUCAUUAUGAGAGCCAAUAAAAUGCACAAUAAUGGAAAGAUAGGGAACUAUACGAUCAAUGGAAGAACAAAAGCAAUGGUGGCUUGUUAUCCUGGUCACGGUUCGCAUUACGUGAAACAUGUGGAUAAUCCUAACCGAGAUGGGCGUUGCAUCACGGCUAUUUAUUAUCUUAACCGAGAUUGGGACAUCAAGGAGAAUGGCGGACUUUUGAGGAUAUUUCCCGAAGGAUGGCGCGAUCAAGUAGCAGAUAUCGAACCACUUUUCGACAGGAUACUAUUUUUCUGGUCCGACAGGCGGAAUCCGCACGAGGUGCAACCAGCAUACAAAACGAGAUAUGCUAUCACACUUUGGUAUUUCGACGCCGAAGAAAGGAAUCAGGCUUGCCGGAGAUAUCAAAGAGAAAGAGGAAUUGAAUAGCAUAUGAAAAAAAUUAUAUCGGACAAUGCGUGUUUACGAGGAAGUGCAAUAAAAGUAUAAAAGCGUACUUUCUUCUUUUUUUUUUCCUUUUUUUUUUUUACAGAUGGCACUGUAAUAUAUAUGUGAUGAAUUAAUGUGUGUAGUUGUUGCAAUUUACACUUAUAUAUGUAAUCGUUUAUUUCGACCUUAAAGAUUCUACGUUCGUACGUUGCAAUGAAUAUUCAAAAUGUCUGCUUCCCAUAUUUUAAGAAGGAAACUUAUAUACCUGUAUCGGCCAUUAAUUUCCCCUGUGUAAAAUAUAUCAACGAUUCUACUCUAACGAAAAGCGUAUAGUAUUUGGAAUAUUUUGAGCGAAAAAUUUGUAAGAUAUAUGUACAAAAAAAUUUCUUCCACAGGAAUUCACUAUUGCAAAUAUUAUUAUACAUAUAUUUUACAUCUUGAUUGUAUUUCAAGUAAAUUUAUGUCCCUGUAAUGUUUGUAUGCGCCAUUUCUUAGCAAUAUUAACGCAAUUGCUGAUCGCUGCAGAAAUGAUAUUGCUCACUUGCAAACAAAAUGUUAGUAUUAUCAUGUUGUAAUGUUACUGUUAACGACUUUUUACGCUUAAUACAUAAUGAUCAUAUUUGGUUUA